GUAAGCGCUCCAAGAUGGCGGACAAGAAUCCUCAUGUCAAAAUUGGACAUUAUAUUUUAGGCGAAACAUUGGGACAUGGCACGUUUGGAAAAGUUAAGAUUGCAACUCACCAGUUGACCAAUCACAAGGUUGCAGUGAAGAUUCUCAAUCGUCAGAAGAUUAAAAGUCUCGAUGUGGUCGGCAAGAUCCGGCGGGAGAUUCAGAAUCUCAAACUGUUCAGACAUCCUCACAUCAUUAAACUGUAUCAAGUGAUGAGCACACCUACAGAUAUCUUCAUGGUCAUGGAAUAUGUCUCAGGCGGAGAACUUUUUGAUUACAUUGUUAAACAUGGUCGGCUGAAGGAGGCUGAAGCGAGAAGGUUUUUCCAGCAGAUUUUGUCUGGUGUUGCGUACUGCCACCGCCACAUGGUCGUACACAGAGACCUGAAGCCAGAAAACCUGCUGCUCGACAGCAACAACAACGUCAAGAUUGCAGAUUUCGGUCUGUCAAAUAUGAUGUAUGAUGGUGAAUUUCUACGCACCAGUUGUGGUUCACCAAACUAUGCUGCCCCAGAAGUUAUUUCUGGAAAAUUGUACGCUGGUCCUGAAGUCGACAUUUGGAGCUGUGGAGUAAUUGUGUACGCUUUCCUCUGUGGAACACUUCCAUUUGAUGAUGAACAUGUGCCAACAUUAUUUCGAAAAAUAAAAUCUGGAAUCUUUGCCAUCCCAGACUACCUGAACAAAUCUGUGGUGAACCUGUUGUGUCACAUGUUGCAGGUUGAUCCACUGAAAAGGGCAACAAUCAAGGAUAUCAAGGAGCAUGAAUGGUUCAAAAUUGAUUUGCAAGACUAUUUGUUUCCAUCAACAAGUGACCAAGAUGCUUCCAUUGUUGAUCUCAAUGUCAUUAAUGAAGUCUGUGAGAAAUUUAAUGUCGAAGAAGAAGAUGUGCAUCGUGCAAUUCUGAGUGGUGAUCCGAUGGAUCAACUGGCCAUUGCCUACAACCUGAUCAUAGACAACCAGAGAUUCUCAGAUGAUUCUAAGGCCGAGUUCCGUGACUUCUACUUGGCAUCCAGUCCUCCUCCAGAAUCUUUUAUGUUGACUUCAAGUCCAUUGAGAUCACACCCUGAAAAAAUGCCAGAAAUGAAAGAUGUUAGUCAUACUUUGGAUGCUGUUUCUCCUGGCAAACAAACAUCAGCUGCUCAGAAGAAAGCUAAAUGGCAUUUAGGUAUCCGGUCUCAGAGCAAACCUCAGGACAUAAUGCAUGAAGUGUACCGAGCCAUGAAGUAUCUGGAAUAUGAAUGGAAGGUUGUGAACAGUUAUCAUGUACGGGUACGAAAAAGAAAUCCGGUAACACAAAAAUAUGUCAAAAUGAGUCUGCAGCUGUAUCAGGUGGAUCAAAAGAGUUUCCUUCUAGAUUUUAAAAGCAUGUCGAUGCCAACAGAUGAUUUUCCCGCAACCACGUCACUGAGGAAUUCUACGUCUUCAGAGGAGAAAAUGGACAUCGACACGGAGGAAGAAGGACAGUGCCACCAGACUUUAGAAUUCUUUGAAAUGUGUGCCAAUCUCAUUACUGCUCUGGCUCGCUGAUUGGUGGAAUUAGGUGCAAACUCAUUGGUUGAGAGAAGUUGUCUGUCAGCUGAUUGGUUGCCUGAGAAUGUGAUUUGUUUAUAAUACUGGCUCUUUUGUGUGUUCCUUAUUAAACAUGUCAAUAAGAGCUUUUGAUAAAAAAAAAAUAUAUAUAUAAUUGUAUAUAUUUCAUAUGUUAUUAAUACAUAAUAAUCAUGAAAGAGAAAGAAAAUAUUUGUAUGGAUGAAUAAUGAGAGAAAUUAUGUGACACACAAAUUAUGAUUAAACUGAAGAUAUUAAUUUAGAGAUGCCAGCAGUGAAACCUGAAAUUUGCAAAAAUUCGGACAAAAAUUAAUUUGACAUUAACUUUAAAAACCCCAUCACUGUUGCAGUUUGUUUUUCAAAGGAAAAUUUCAUCGGCUUUAAGGCUAAGGCUCAAAACACACCGAAGUUGGGUCUUGUGAGAAAGGUGGUCACAAAAUAUAGCACAUUUUCUAUGUCUGGUGCCAGAUCUGUAGUUCACACCAGCACAGACAUGGAUGGUAACAGUAACCAAACUCAUCAGCUCCAGACUCCGACCCAGAUCUAGACCGACUCAAACUCAGCUGUGAUGGGUUUUGAGUCUAAUGUAUUGUGUUCAAGUCCCAUCUGAAGUAAUGGAAGAUUAUCUCUACAGUGUCUGUCUGAUUGCAGCUGAACUCCAUGGAUCAGUGGGAAUGUACAGAGCCACAAAUACAAGAAUUAGUCGACUUUUAGCUGUAGUCUCUGCAAUCCUCGAGAAGUCCAGUCUGGGCAAUUCUUUUGGGCACCGUUUAUCAUCCAAAUUUUGGUUAUCCUCUUUUUUUCCACUUCACUUAAACUGUCACGGGUGAGCUACACAGCAAGCCAGAAUGUUCUUCGGAUGACCUUAUUUAUUUUGUGGUACCUAACACUCUCAAAAUCUGAGUGUGGAUAGUUGUAAUAUUUAGAACUAAUAUUAUUUUUACUACAUUGCUCACAGGAAUGUUAGUGAAUUGGUCGAGUGUGUCCCCUUUGUUGAAUUAUUCAAACGCUAAUAAUGCAGGUGCCUUGUAUUACAUUGAUAGCUGUGUUGGUAUGGUUACAAUGUUUUCCAUACACAUGUCAAGUUGUAGGGUGUUGCUUUAUUUAUUGCCCUGUAUUUUGUUCAUUUGAGUCCAUGUUUAAACAUAUCUGUGGAGUGGACUAACAUUUUGGACAGUUCAGUGUACUGCAUUUGUUUCCUAUCAUAAUUUCAACAUUUAUAUUGGCCAUGUGUUACAUACACCGUAUUUUCUUAAGCCUACCAUACACGACCUAUCAGCUGAGCAAACAGUCUCAAAUGUGCAGUAGACUACAUGUUUAGAUGGAUCAAAUAUUUUCUCAAAUUUCAUUCAAGCACAAGAAUGUAUAAUUGUGAUAAAAGUUAAGUGUUUUUAGUCAGAAUACAUAGGGCAGGAUUUGUAGACCUAUAAGUUUUCUCUGGAGUUCUCCUUGCUGUUGAAUUGCAUAUCAGACUCUUCCCCACCUUCUCCACCGCCUAGUCGAAUUCUGAACCAAUUGUCAGUAAAAUUGGUUUUCUUUUUGGUAUUUAUGGUAAUUGUGGAUUAUGUUAUACAUGCUAAUGAGUAACAUAUUUUUGGUUCUGUGAUUUUACUGAUACGCUAUCAAGAUGUUAUUGGAAAUCAUUAUGUUCUUGAAAUUUUGUGGCUUUGAAUAUGGUAUGUGCUGUCCUGUAUAACCCCAUAGAUUGAGGUGUGAUUUGCAAUGUGAAAACAUGGCAAUAAAUUUUCUUCCAUUUGUAAUACAGAAAGAUUAAAAACUUACAUAAGUUAUAAAUGUUAAAAAAAAUAAAAAGUGUUUGAUAUCCAAGAUGUUUAUUUUAACUAUCCUUCAGGUGAUAAAUAGAUAUCAGUAAUAAAAUAAAUAAUAACAAAUGCUACACUAUAAAUAUAGAUGUGGUACUAAAUUUGUUUAGUUUACUUCUGAUGUUAGUGUAAUUUUAAAAAUAAAACUGGCCUUCUGUUCAGGAAUAAAUCCACUCCAUUCUAAGCUCAGAAUGAGUUGCAUUGGCACUGUGUGCCAUAUUCCUGGUCAAAUACGGUAGUACAAUGAAAUUAUUAAAGUUAAAAUUAACCAAGAUAGAGGUGCUUCAUUUGAAUUAUUUGUGCUAACCAUGUUAUGUAAGAAAUGUUAUUUAUAAUUUUAUGUAGUGUGUUGUAUAUAAUUUAUAUAAAAGACAGCUUAAUGUGCUUUUGACAAGGUUUUAAUGUGCCAUUCUUAUCAUCUUGUACUGGUACCUGUUACAUUUGCACCCACUUUAUACAUGCAUGCAAGUUUAUUCAGGUUAAGCUCAGUUUAGUGGUGGUGUGGGGAGAGAGAGACGGAUGUUCACAGAAAAAAGUUUUAAAAAUUCAGUCUUGUGCAGCAAGAAAAACAAAUAUAAGCUAAGCUUGUAAAAGAUGUAGUUUGUAGCAUUUGAGAAGCCAUAAAAGUGCUUGCACAAUGAAAACCACCUGUAAAACAGUAGUACUGAACCCAAACUUAAAAUAACCCCAGACAAUUACUAAUCAUAAAAGUGCUUGCACAAUGAAAACCACUGUAAAACAGUAGUACUGAACCCAAACUUAAAAUAACCCCAGACAAUUACUAAUCAUAAAUGACCAUAAUAAUCUUUGAAUCCAUGGAAAAUUUACAUCCCUGAAAAGAGCUUGUUCAGUCAUUUUGGGUGUGCAGUUGUAAUCCAGGGUUACUAGUGUGUGCACUUUUUAAAUAAGGCAGUACGACAGAUGUACAGAUAUUGCAGAGCUGGCUGGUGUUUCCUCUGCCUUGUUUUCUCUACCUGGUGCAUCAUGUAUACGUUUUUGAAGCUUUGGUGCAUGUACUUUUUAAAGUAAACUUCUAUUUUCCCUCCCCCAACCCCCAAAUCUUUGGAUAUUUUCCCCCGAUUUACUCAAUUUAGAUGCAGCACAAAACAACAAAACCAUUGGAAAGCAGAAAAUUUGUUAUGUCUGUACAUUUAGAUGCCAAGUAUGAAGGUGGGGGUUUUUUCUUCUACUUUUUAAUAUUUUUUUUUAAUUAUUAUGACUUUUGACUUACACCUUAGACACAGAUUAAUAUUUAGGUAUGUUUAGGAUGAGAGUAAAAUAUGAAGUGAAAUGUUUGUAUUUUUAUACGGUACAGAUAAAGAUGUGGGUGCUUAGAAUGGUUGUUUUGUGGCUGUGAGACGAGUCUGGUUGAAAAUAAAUGGCAUUGUACAUACAUAUAUAGCUCUUUGUAUGGUAACAGUAAUAAAACUUGUACAUUAAAAAUGGAUUUUGUCAUAAUAGGGGUACUACAUAAUGUGCAGAAAUAAAAUGUUAUACAUGUAUCAGUAUAACAAAAACAUGA